AUGUCAAUAGCCGAGUUGACCGCCCGACGAAUGGAACGCAAGAAGGCUUCUACUCUACGCGAACAAGCGGGGCAUGCCAGGAAAGGCCGGCGGCGGACGAGUGUCGCCACCGCUACAGCUGCAGCGAAUGCCUUCAUGGAAGCUCAUCGCACAGACGACUUGUUGGGGCGGCUAGCGGAACAACGAAAGCCAACGUCACCACAGCGGCUUCAGCGUGCCGAAGCAAUGCCACUGACUCAUACCAUUCCGUUCAAGCUGGUAGCACAAACUCGGGCCGAGAAACAGCUUGUGGACCUCUUCAUCCGACGGUACCAGAGCGGCGAAGACGGAGACUACCUUGCAGAGGCAUACUACGGAGACGGCGAGCCCCUCGGAGUUACGUUUCCGGGGUACUUUUACCGGGACGUACAGGUCUGCGCUAACUGCUAUGAGUUCUACACUCUAGUUGAAAAAGUUCGCAUGGAGGCUCUGGAUCAAAUCGCACGGCGGCAGAAAUCGAGUCCAAAUCGUCGAAGUCAAAUCGCACGGCGGCAGAAACGCAAGCAGGUGCAGGAGCUUUCUAUUGCCGAAAGAGGAGAGGAAGAAGAGGAAGAAAACCUCGACAAUGAUGGAGACACCGAUAACAAUGACGAGGACCUGGUGACAGAUAGACUCCAGUAUGUCUGGAAACAUGUGUGGGCGCAGACUUCUAGAGUUGCUGCAUCAAUUACCAAGAAGGAUGCUGCCGAGCUGUACAGCUUCGUGAAUCCACACCCAGCGGUAGCGAUGGUCAUGAGUGCGCUGGGUGCACUCCUUCUAGGGUCACGAGGAGAAGACUGGUGCGAGGUCAAGCGAGUGAUAACCCAGGACAAACUCCUCUCACGGAUGCACCGCGUCGACUUGGAAGCUCUAUCCGAGUGGGCCGUCUUGCAGGCAGCAGGUCAUGCUCGAAAUCCGCUCUUUACACCAGCACAGAUCGCGCCGAUCAGUUCAUGCGCUGCUCGAUUCUGUGACUGGAUUCGGACCGUGUUGCAAGCUUACUCGUGGAAGCACAGGCUUCAAAUGCAAGACCUGGAGACUCGACGUAUGCUUUGCCUGCUCAAGCCGGAGAUCCUGCCACCGGGCAUUGGCGUAGCUCAACUGGGAGAUGCCCAGCGUGGAAAUGCAACAGCGAAGCGAAGGAAAACAAAUGACCCCGGCAACGACGACUCAUUAUCCAGAACGCGACGUCAGUCUCAGCAGAAACAAGCUGCUCGCCGAGCUAUCCAAGCUCAGCAAAUGGCACGGCUUGCAGCCCCAUCGGGUCUUCAAGAUGGAGUAGUGGGGAACACAGCAGACAGUGUGUUCACCUGUCAGGAUGGAGUCACGCAAAUACCAUACGCUGUCAUCGGCCAGCCCAUCGGUGAGACUGCGAAGUGCAAUCUCGUGGUAUUCCACGACCUCUUCGACACAUUUGAAAGCACUCGAGUAUUUUUCCGACCAAUUGUUGCGCGAAACGUGGGUGCUCGAGCUUUGUUGUUCAAUUUUCCGGGUCAGUCCGGAUCGGCAUACGCAGUCGACGACCAAGCUCGUGAAGAAGACAAACUCGUGCUCAACAACAUGUGGCUCGCUCGUCGAGUACACGAGUUGCUGAAUUUUCUGCAGCACACGACUCAGUUCGUCACCACUGGCGCCCCAUUUCACAUCGUCGGCUUCGGCAAUGGUGCAAACGUGGCCACGUGCUAUACCGCUCUCAUUUAUACAGCGGUGACUAACGCCAUCACGCUUGACGGUCGCAUCCGGCUAUGUCGUGGUGCACUUCGCCACGUGGAUCUCGGCUCCCAACUUGCAGAGAUCGGUGUGCCUCUUGUUCUUGUUCAAUCUGUGGAGAAUACGCUGGUAUCCCCCACCAACGUGGACCCUUUCCUCCAGGGUCGUUCCAGCGUGCAGCACGUGUGGUCUCAUCAGCAACCGCACACCAGCGACCUGCGUUCCAAGACUCGAGCUCAGUUGCGGAAAGCGCUGGCUACGCCCAAAAGCGCCUUCGUAUCCUGGCUUCGCGCUGGGCACGAGCUUCGCCAGGAAGCAAAAUGCUACGUAACUGAGGUGAUCGAGAUGCUCGUGAAUUGCCAAAUGGAGCCGCCCGAUAAAGAGCGUGCUGCAUUUGAGCAGGUAGAUAGCUGCCAACCAGCAGCGGGUAAGGAACAGGAGCCAAAGUUGGUUGUGAAAAACGAACCAGCGGAUCGACAAGCCAACGAAAACGCAUCCAGUACACUUGAAUUACGAGCUGUACCAAUUUCUGAGGCCCCGAGGCAGCCCUUAGGUGCAGACCCUGUUGGCAACCAGCCACCUUCUCAACAAGUCCACAAAUCUCCGUAUGAACUUCAGCUUGAGAAAUCGGAGCGCGCUUUUCAGGAGGCGCUACGCACUCACGAAGCCCAAAAGGCCGAGUACGAGAAGAAGAAGUGGCUCCAGCAGCAACAAAAACAGAAGAAUGCCGGCGAGUCAGCUGAUGAGAACACAACAAAAGAUGAGAACGUGAUCGCCGCGACAACCAGAGCUGCUGAGGUCCCAAUAACGCAAUCUGUGGUGCCCAUGGACAUGCUACUGCCCCCUGCUCUUCCUGCCGCAGUAAUGCACCCCCAGCAGUUGUCGGAUAAGCGUGACGAACAUCAAACGCCGCAAUAUCCCCAGCAAAGUGAAGCAAGCAACACAGCUCAAGUGGAUGACGACAUUGAAAGCGUUCGAGCCAAAAUUCGAGCUGAAGAAGAGCGUCUCGAGCAAGAAGCGGAAGAGCAACGUCAAAAACAUCGGACGGCAACAGAGGAACGCAUGGCUGCUCUGCGCGAAGAGCAGGAACGCCGGCGGCGCGAAUGGGAACAAGAAGAUCGUGACCGACUGGCAGCUCUUGAAGCGCAACUGCAAACUCAGCAGGCCGAACGACUUGCCGCAUCUCAGCAGCGGGAUCUCGUGCAGCUAGCACAAGACGAAGCAGUGCUGGCUGUGGGCUCCACACCAUCAGAAUCGUCACCAUCGGCAGCUCCACUGGUAGUGGAACCGUCCAUCGAGAUGCCUAGUCCUGCGAUAACUUCCCCGACUGCGUUGCUGGCUCCGACAGUGGAAGCAACACGCCAGCAAAUUCGAGAGCAGCCAGAGCUCCCGAGCUUGUUCGACCAACUCGAAGCGGAAGAACAUGCUCGAAAACGUCGGGAGCACAAGCGUCGAGCUUUUGGGCCUGGCCUAGUAGCAGGAAGCCAUCUAACCGGUGAGCAGUACGACGAGGUGCGUUCAUCACUCCAACAAAACUUCCGCGAAGACACCCGGGCGAAUGAAUCGAACAUGAAACGCGAACUGCGAAGGAGGCGAGACGCUCAAGCUACGCGAGUGCAGAAGUACAUCCGUCGGUUCUUAGCAACGCGUCGAGUUGAUCGAAUCCGACGCGAAAUGCAGCAAGAGCGUGUGAAAAACUUCGCCGGUGGUGAGAUCGUGAGGAUAGCACGAGGUCGGCUGGGUCGUCGACGAUUCCGCCGGUUGUUUGAAGAGAAAGAAGAGGCUGCAAGACGAUUGCAUGCCGCCAUACUCAUCGAGACCGUCUUCCGGGGGUUCUCGUGUCGUGUGGCUUACCGCGCAAAGUUGCGAGAAAGUAAGGCGCGCAUGCUAGAACGAGUGUAUCGCGGUCAUCUUGGACGCAGACGUGCUCGAAGACUGCGCGAGGAGCACGAGCGUCGUCGUUAUCAGGAUCGGAAUGCUGCCAAGCUGCAGGCUACUUGGCGCAUGUACGUCGCGCGUGGCCAGUACCUCACUGUUCGGUUCUCGGAGCUUGCAGCGUUGGAGAUCCAGCGGAUGUAUCGUGGUCUUUUAGGACGUCGAGAGGCUGCACGCAAGAAGCAGUGGCGCGAUGCAGCGCCUGGGGCUGAAAGACUGGCACUUGGACUACAGUUGAUUGAAGGCUCAAAGCAGGCAUUUGAGCGCCAACAAAGCGAGCUCGACGCGCUCCACCGUGCACAGGAGGCAGCAGAACGCCAGGUUAGCGCUGUGCACAACGAGCUUCGUGAAGCCGAGAAAGAGCUAGCAGUGCUGGAGCGCGAGCUACAGGAGAUCGACCAGCUAGAUGCCGACGUACGGGAGUUGACCCACGAGGCGGAGCGAUUGCAUGCUGGUGGUGUCGAAGGCUUGCUGCGCAACCACCGCUCGUCACAACAGCACCAACAUCUAGGCAACGGAGUACCUGAAGCCUCUUCAGCGGACAACAACGACGCUGCACCAUACGAACUCGGAGCGGAAAAUGCGUUUGAGUCCAAGGAAGCUCUCAAAAAGCGCCAAGCCGAUGCCUACGCAGUUGAGAUGGCACUCAGCAUCAAGCGUAGUGAGCGUGAAAAGAAGAAGCGCGACCUCGAGGCUGAAUUCGCUGGGGCAUUCGCUGAGGUUCAACGGAAGCGAGAAGCUUUGGCCGCGCUGGAAGAGCGCCUGGCAGACAUGGAGCAGACGCGCAUGCGGAAGGAUCGAGAGUUUGCUCGCCUGCAGCGCCACUUGAUGGAGUUGUUGGAAGAGCAGAAGCUCGAGCUUGAAAACUUGCGCGAGAAGGGUAUCGAGCUUGAGACAGCAACAGCCACCUCGGCAGCGGCAGCAGCGGCCACAGCAGCUAAGGCGCGCGAGCAUGAGGCACGGUCGCAGGCCAUGUUUGAGUCCACGGAGGAACUCAUGAAGUUUCAGUUCAUGUCAAUGUCGUUGUCGUACUUCAGCUCGCUCAACAUGCUCAAGAACCUGCGCGAUAUCAACGCUGACACCACUGCGGCGGCCAUCACCACCACAGCGGAGACUGCCGCCACUGCUGCCGCUGCCGCUGCUGCUGCCAACAUUACGCCGGUCACUGCAGCUCUUGCGAAGAAGAAGGUAGGCGGAGAUGCCAUCAGUAAUCUGCUCACGACGGUGGCUCAGCGCAAGCAGCAGGAGCUAGCACAGCAGCAACGCGAAGAAGGGGAAGCGUUAGCACCCGGAAAGCAGCAGCCAUUGCCCGAGGAGCUGCGCGCUUGGACCGUCGACGAUGUGGGUCGAUGGCUCGACAGUUUGUCCUUGCCGCAGUACAAGGCUGCAUUCCGCGAGGGUGCAGUGGACGGCGAGUUCCUCAUUGAGCUUCGUGCCGAGGAUAUGGCCGAGGUUCUCGGUGUAUCACACAAGCUGCACCGGGCGCAACUGGAUGCUGUCAACCACGAAGCGAACGCAGCACGCGCUCGCGGACAGGAGCCGGCUGGAGGAGAAGAGGUCUCCUUGGAGGUUGACACCGUGUUCUCGCAGGCGCGCAAUGGACGCAUGAAGCGGCUCGUCGAGAGUCUGGACGCGGGCUUCCCGAUCGAUAGCGAGGACGACAAGGGCAACACGCUGCUGCUGCUCGCCUGCCAGAACGUGAACCAGCGGAUGGUGGAGCUCUUAGUCACACGCCGAGCCAAUGUGAACCAUCGCAACGCACAGGGCAACACGCCUCUCCACUUCGCGAUGGCGUACGACGGCGAAGGGGUCCUGGGCGAGUACCUGAUCGCACACGGCGCCGACGACACCAUCGAAAACAACAGUGGCCUCACACCGUACGACGGGCUCACGGCCGAAUGA